AUGGCAACUCCGACUGCAUCCGCCACAAGAGAAUGGCUUCAGCCUUCUAAUCGACCAGAGAUUAUUGAUACGUUGAUUAGCGGAGUUGAUCGUUACAACCCUUCGAAUGUUGGAAUCCUAGAGGACUACUUGUACCAUCAGACUCGAACAAACGAGUACGACUGCCUGGCCAAUCUAGCCAUCUUAAAAUUAUAUCAAUUCAACACCGUGUUGUACAACGCCGAUGUUGUCGUUAAUAUCCUCCUCAAGGCUCUCACCGCGACACCGUCGCCUGAUUUCAACCUGUGUAUGGCGCUCUUGAGCGAAAAGAUACCACCAUCUGGAGAUGAAGCAGAUUCAGAGCACGAUCCAGCGACGCUUCUUCCAAUCCUGUCCACGCUUUCGCGGCAUCUCCAGGAAUGCCAAUUUCCGGCAUUUUGGAGACUUUACCAAGACGAUUCUUUGGCCUAUCUCCGUGAAAAUUUCACCGUCGAAGUUUUGGGCUUUGAAGAUGGUAUCCGAGAAGUCGUUGUAAGGGCCGUCAAGUCGACAUUUACCAAGAUUGGAGUGGCGCGGCUGGGCAGCUAUCUCAACCUUUCGGGUGAUGCGUUGGAAGAUUUCAUUAACAACGUCGGCUGGUCUCUUGACGCAAAUACUGGCACUGUCACCAUCCCGCCCAACCCAGACAAUACCGUGCAACCGACCAUAAUACGGGAGACGAUUACAUUACCUCAAUUGUCGCGCUUGAUUGCACAUGCCACGUAA